AUGGAAGUUUUAAUUAAGAUUAAAUGAUUUUAAUAUAUAUUUCAGUAAUGGAGUAUCUGUUAGAGUUUCAAGGCGUCUACAAGCCAAGAAAGACUCUAAAUUUACAAGCAUCAAAGCCUGAGUCUCUAACACGUGUUGCUGUUUUAGAGCGGAGAGAAAAGGAAAGGUUGAGAAAAGCUGCAUACAGGGCCUAGUUAAGCCCACAUGAAAAAGCUUGGAUAAACAGAAAACGCAAAGAAAGAAAACAGCAAGCUAAUAGUCCACUUAAUGUCAUCUCAGUAGAGGUUGGUGAAUCACUAGGUACUGGAUUCCAGACUCCAGUGGCAAAAAGAAUGGCUGUUUCAAGGGCUUUGAUGAAAUUGCCUAGGUCACCCAAGAAAUAUGCUGCAGUUUUUGAUGGUCUCACACAAAUAUGCUCCCCAAGAAAAAGUAAAGCUGUCCAUGGCAUACGCUUUCUGCGCCUACCUGAGAGAAGAAAGCUCAUCUUUCUAAACAACAUUAAAGAAAGUAUCAAAACCUAACUACACUCCACCAGCAAAAAAAAAAGUCAGAUGUCUAGUGCUCAUAGACAAGUACUCUGCAGUAUCCUUAGUAAGUACAACAAACUCAGAGGUUGUGCUACUCAUUUCUAACAUUUGGUCAAGAAGUUUUAUGUCCAAGUGCAAAUCAGAACAAAUUGCAAGAAAAAAAAUGAAGUGAUUGCAUUGCACAAAAUGCCUUGGAAACAAUAUUCAUUUUUUACAGUAGAGGGGAUGUCUCAAGAACUGAUCCCUCUCAAUCAUCUGUUAGUGCUCAAACAGGAAAACGUUUCAUGCAAAAGCUACUUAACAUAAGAUGCAGUCUUGCUUACGUGAGUUCUGUUUGAAGAUUUUUCUUUAUAUAGAGGGCAUUAAUAAAUUUCUAAUCAAAAAAGGACACAGAGAGCUGACAUUAAUAAAUCCAGCCUCAUCACUUGACUUAACUCUAUGCCCAAGAACUAAUGCCAAUUGUUUUCAUAAGCUGCAGUGCAUUGAAAGAUCAUGUAGCAACUGUGGUGUGGAUUUAAUUAACAAGUAUUGAGCCUUUAAAAAAUUGCACGGAUGAAUUAGCAGAGUGGAGUAUAGUAUGUGGUCAAAGAUGACGGAUGAGUAUGUUCAGAGUGAUGGUACACUGCAAAAGGUAUCAAAGUGGCGACCAGUAAAUAAAGAAGGAUCUUUCAAUGACCUAGUUAGAGGUAUUACACCUAACACUAUUGCUUACAGAAAUAGAAACUGUUUCUGCUAUCCAUGCAGAAAUUCAUAUGGCAGUCAGUGCCUGCAUGAUGAAAUAUGUGGCUCUUGGAAGGUGUUCAAACUUCAGAAACAAAAUGUAGUGCAAUCUCAGUCAAAUCUUGAAGACUCUUUGGAUGUCAGUCCCAUAUGCUCAAAUUCAAAGGCCCAAACAAUUUCCUUCACUCAUCAAAAGUACAUUGUAAAUAGCUGUGUGAUUGUCAAGUAUGGGGAAAUAUUCUAUCCAGGAGUUGUGAUAGAAGUCCUGGAUGAUCAGCGCAGAAAUAAUUUUUUAAAAAGGCACAGAAAUAAAAGAAAUAUAUUUGUAUAUCCAGAAGUGCAGGACAUACAGUUAGUGUAUGCAGACAUGAUUGUUACUGAAGUGAUGUUGAUACCAAUGGCAAUAGUUUGAGAGUGGAAUGUUUUGAUUUCUGAAUUUGUCAAAUAAAAUUUGUGUACAGUU